CUUGGGUAAGAUUGUUUAUUAUUAAUUUAUAAUAGUUAUUAUUAGGUAUUAUGCAUUAGAAACCAUGACGAUAGAAGACAACGUUCACAUUUUAACGGGACCUGAGCCCUAUAGACCAUUCUUAAACACAAAUUUAGGACAACUUUACUAUGAUUUGUUAUCCAAAAGUAAAGUACACUAUGAUGCGAUGGUGGACGCUCAAACAGGGAAAACUUUAUCGUAUAAAGACCUAUUUGAAUACACCUUGAUAUUGGCCGACUACCUACAAGAACUUGGUUAUGGUAAAGACUCGAUUAUGUCGAUAAGCAGCGAAAAUAACUUACAAUUUUUCAUACCAAUUAUAUCAUGUUUAUACACCGGCUCUAUAAUGGCGCCCUUAAACCAUAACUACACCCCUGAAGAGCUAAGUCACUGCAUAAACAUAUCAAAACCAAAAGUCUUGUUUUGCAGCGAAAAAGUUUUGAAUAAGUUUCAGAAAUUAAAAGGAGAGUUGGGGUUCAUAAAGACAAUUAUUGUUAUUGACAGUACAAAGGAGUGUUAUGGGGUUAUAUCGUUAAUGAAUAUGUUAAAAGAAAGAAGGGUUAAUAUGAGCAAAUGGAGGCUUUUUAAGCCUAUUGAAGAUAGGCCUGAGGAUCUUAAAUCUUUUAUAAUGUGUUCCUCAGGGACUACAGGUAUGCCUAAAGGAGUUCUGCAGUCACAUUUAAACAUUGUGGUGAGGCUUAACCAUUGUAGGGAUCCAAGAUACUCAAGGGUCGAUAAGGGUUUAAGAGUGUUGGCAAUUCUACCUUUUUUCCACGGUUUUGGUCUGCUUACAAACCUUGGUGCGAUGUUCAAUCAAAUCCAAAUUAUAAUGAUGAACAAAUUUAACGAAAAAAACUUCCUAGAAACCAUACAAAAUUACAAAGUGAACCUGUUAUGGCUUGCACCACCUUUGGCCGUAUUUCUAGCCAAAAGCCCUUUAGUUAAGAACUAUGAUCUAUCCAACGUAUUAGAGUUAUUAUGUGGGGCAGCACCCUUAGGCAAAAAUAUACAGGAGGAACUUAAAAAACGCCUUAAAAUCGACACUAUAGCUCAAGCUUACGGCCUCACAGAAGCAACUCUAGCAGUCACAUUGCUAGAAAGAAACCAAUACAACAAACAAGGCUCAUCUGGCAAAGUAGUACCACUAAUGAAAUGCAAAGUGAGGGAUCCCGAUACAGGGCGUUCUCUAUCAGCCAAUAAAGUUGGCGAACUUUGCUUCAAAGGACCAAUGGUGAUGCCGGGUUACUACGAAAACCUCGAAGCAACUAAAGCCACCUUCACAUCAGACGGUUGGCUGAGAACUGGCGAUUUGGGUUACUACGAUGACGAGGGGUUUUUCUACAUUGUCGAUAGACUCAAGGAGCUAAUCAAAUACAAGGGGUUCCAAGUUGCCCCAGCCGAGUUGGAAGCUGUAUUACUAAAACACCCAAAAAUUCGCGACUGUGGCGUUGUUGGUCUUCCAGACGAGCUAAGUGGAGAGCUGCCUUUAGCUUUUGUUGUCAAACGCCAAGGGGUGGAGUUGUCGGAAAAGGAAGUUGUUGAAUUUGUUGCAAAAUCAGUUUCGUCUUCCAAACAUUUAAGGGGUGGAGUAAUUUUCAUCAACGAAAUACCUAAGAAUCCAAGUGGAAAAAUUCUAAGAAGAGAACUUAAAAAAUUGUUUAAUAAAUGUAAAAAUAAAUUAUAGUCGAUUUUUGAUGAAUA